AUGUUUCCCCCAGCUGUCUUGGCCUGGGAAGCAUUCCGGAAGGUUACUCUGAUUGCACUCUGGGUGGCAUCAGAGGUAAUGGUGAAGAGCUGGACAUCAGUCAGGGAUGCCAUCAGGUCUACCCCUGGUGCAUCCCCACCCCAUCUUGGUGGUAGAACCAGAAGGGACAAGCAUGUCACCUGUGUCGGUAAGGGACAGACUAAGUCCAACCAGGAAGGAAAAGCUUUUGGUGUAGUCUGUCUACACCCCCAUCUAGGGCAGGGAGGGACACCUCCCGUAGAAAGAUGGAGCUGGUCGCUUCUUUUCUGUCUUAUAGAUGGGAGCUAA